AAAAUACUUCCUAAAAGUUCUGCUGUUAAAUGCAACUUUAUGGCCGAAUAUCCAUCAUUUGAUUGGCUUCUGUGUGCAUUCGCUAAAACAUUAGACCAAUUAAGGGCAUUUGUUCUUACGUAUGGAACAGGGGUCUCUGGAUAUACUUCAAAAAGAAAGGUCUUGGUAACAUCCAUUGACUAUAAAGAAUACAUAAAGAACAUGCGAAUCUCACAAAUAAAAGAACUUAGCCAGGAAAUGUCACUUGACCUGCAGGUUGCUGCUGUUCAAAUAAAAAACGAAAUUCAAGAUCGCUUUCAACAACUAGGAACUUAUUUCAAAAGCAUAGCUCAGUUUGAAAGUAAAAAAUUAACAGCAGAUAUAGAUAGUAUAAAAUCUGAUAUUGAUUCAUACAACAAUAUUCACGAAAAAGCAAAAACAAAACUAAAGUCGUCAGUUGGGGUUCUUCUGCUUGCUUUUACUUCAGCCGCCGCAGGAGAUUUAGUUGAAGCAGGAGUAAAAUUAGCAGCACGUGCUGCAGAAGCAUCAAAUCCCCUUAAAUGGAUUUUUAAUAGUGGUAAUACAGUUGAUGUUUUGGAAGCUACCGGUGAAGUAGCACAAGCUGCUGCAAUUGUUGCUAAAUCCGUUGCUAAAACAGGUUAUUUGAUAAAGCUUCAAAAACAGUCUGCUGAAAUCAGCAAAAAAAUAAACCAAAACGCACCCUUACUUCAGACAAUCAAGAAUAUCAUAGACAGAAUCACACCAGAAUCAAUAUCUGACGAAAUGUUUUCCAACUGCAAUCUAAUUUUUUUAUACAUUAUGAAAAUUACUCUGGAAAGCUUGAAAAGUACGAGUUGACUGUUUUGAGUAGCUAUUGGGAAGGUUUUAUCGAUGACCUUUGUUCAUCAAUUGAAGAAACAAGUGGUGUGGCAUCAGCGGCGUUUAAAACAACAAUAUGGGCUACAAAUGCUUGUCCAGAUGCAAAAGCAGAAGCUAUAAAGCUUGUGGUGUCAUUAGAAGAAAUCUUUGAUUUUCAGGAAAAUCUACUGGAGAAGAUGGCUUCGUUGAUGAGAUCACUUACACAAAUACAAAGCUCAUCAAUACUUGGUUCAGGAACACGUGCAAGGUUUCCUAGUAAUUUAACAAUUUUCGAAAUAGAAUCAUUUGCAGCUGCAUCUUACAUAUCAACGAGCAUUGUACAAUUUGCUAACGUGUAUAUGCUUUGUGACAUCCUAGAAUACAAAAUGGGAAGACAACCAAAUGACUGUCAAGGUAUUUCUACAAAUGUUGAUAGGUUAUUAUCCUUGAAAGACGUAAGCUGCAAUCCAAUUUUAAAAUAUGUAGAUCUGCCCACUCAACCAAACUCAUUUAAUGAAACAAAUCGAAACUGGAUAGAUUUAUCAAAAAUAUACAAAGGUGAAACUGUUCAAUUUCAAAUUCCGAACUCAAAAUGGCUUAUUGACAGAGGAUGGAUACCGGACGCCCAUAAGAGCUUUGUGAUUUAUAUUGACGGAUUUGAAAUGUACUUGCCAGUUCACAACAGUUUCUCGAAUCAGGUAGAAGUGAUUGUUACUCCAAGUAAUACCGGAAACAGAUUAUAUGAUUACAAAGACGGAACUGAGUAUAUCAUAACACCAUCUAUUCCUAUGCGAAUGUCAUACUCUCUAGGCAAAGACCUUACCUGCCGUCAAGAACGUAUUGAAAAUCCAUACCGUGUCUGCGAUACUGAUGGAGGGAAUUUGAUGCCACAGAUAUGCAUUCACACACUAGGUACUGAUAGUGUCAUCGAUCCUGAUAAAAUCAAGCCAUCAAUAUACGGUCAACUAGAUAUUAGAGUUUCCGGAUUUGAAAAGUCCAAACUUUCAACACCUUCGACUAGAGUCCCAAUCAAAGUUGGACUAAAAUAUUGCUUUAUUGACCCAUAUGAACGGAGAACAAAGAGAAACACGGGACAGACGGUAGGUGACAUAUGCUGUAGCGGUAAUAGUUUUUACCAGAAUGGUCAUUGUCAAGAUUGCCCUCCAGGUACCAUCUCAACGUAUAAUGGUUUGUUCUGUGUUAAAGUUAUUGACGUCAUUUAUUCUGAUCAAAUUAUGCAAGAUUUCACAUAUGCCGAUGCAGUGGCCGGAUGUAAAAACAGUGGUAAGAAACUAGCGAGCAAAGAUAGUCUCCUUCUCGCAAGAGAUUUGGGAAGUCAGAGCUGUCUUUGUGGUUGGAUAGAAGGCGGUAUUGUCGAUUCAGCAAGAUCAAGAACCGAUUGUGACGUACAAACACAAUGUCAGGUUGAUGAAUAUCUGAAAUAUGCAUACUGUGAUACAUCACAUGAUCUUGUCACACUACCAUUAAUCAACAAUCAAGAGUCGACGACAAGUGGAUUAUCAAUUGGAGCAAUUCUGGGGAUUAUUUUAUCUUUCAUUGUCAUAGGUGCUCUAGUUGCUUUUGUUCUAUACCAACGAAACAACCUGUGUAAUGUAAUCAGAAGACGAAACAUUGGUAUGCAUAGCAAUAGCACGUAUCAAGACUUUGAUAUGGUUAAAGUGAACGAAAAGACCGUGAAAUUAUAAAACAAGAAAUUACAAUGACAUGUUAUAACAUUGUUACUCCCCUUUGAUUUGACAGUUUAUAUUGUUACUUUGGUAUUAACUUGUGUUAAUUACCUAGUUGUGUUUAUAUUUUUCACUGUGGUCUUCGUUCCUCACUUGAUAAAGGCAGAUGUCUGUUGUUGCGGUCUGUUCCGUAUUUUACAGAAGGAAUAGCUUACCUGGACCUAAUAUUAUUAAAUGACUUCGUUAAAUCUACGUAUUGAAUUUAUUCACAAGUUUGAUUGUUCAUUUUUGUAUUUGAUUACAUUUACUCUCAUAGUAACGCACCAAAUGUAACAUUAUGUGUUCCUGUUCUUGUUUAUGAAGAACUUGCGUAUUACGUCACCAGUAAACGACGCUUUUGUAUAAAUAUUAGAACAGAACGCAUUUUCCAACUGGGAGAUUCUCUCCAAGAACCUCACCACGAUAAGCAGUAAAUUUUAAACUAUUAUGAUUUGCUGCAACAAGUACAAGUGCUUGAUGAAAAUAUUUAAUAGACUGGAUAAUUUAACCAAGUCUUCAUAUCAAAAUGCUGAAGUACUGGUUGCUUGGGUAAAUCGUUGACUAUGCACUGAGUAUGCCGAGUAUUUGAAUGCAGUGCACCAAGGAGAUUCUUUUGCAUCAAAUAUGUAGAGUACUAGUAUUAGUAUGCAGUAUCUCGAGUAGAUUGUCGGCUCCUAAUGUCUGCAGAAUUGUUUGGUUAAACUUGGUGCAAGUAAUGUUCCUAGCUGUAAUAUAUAUAUAAAUGUAUUUUAUUUUAUAUGUCGUAUGUUUUAUGAACCACUGUUCUUGUUAUUAUUGAGUUUUACAGUAGCAGCAAAUCAUAAAAUUUAUGAACUUCCAUUAUAA